UUAUCAAGACAUGACAAUCGUUAAAAAUUUAAUUAUAUUUGUUUCUCUAAUAAUCAAAAUUGUCUCUAGCGAAGACACAGUUGAGAGUUUAGAGAAUGUGAUUAAUAAAGCUGUGCAAGAUUCACUUAAUUAUGUUGUUCCCACAGAUGCGAGGAGAUAUAAGCCGAAGAACACAACUAUAAAAGAUUAUGGUUCAUACGAUUUUGUCAUUAUCGGCGGUGGUACCACAGGGUCCGUAAUUGCAAGCCGUCUUUCGGAAGAAAAAAAUUUCACCGUUUUGGUUCUGGAAGCGGGAGAAUUCGCCAAUGACGGCGUUUUAAAAAUCCCCAAAUACGCCUUUACUGGAUGGCGAUCGGAUUAUAACUGGGGAUUUAAAAGCAUACCUCAAACUACUGCAUGUCUUGGUGUUGUCAACAACCAGUGCGUAUACCCAAGAGGACGAGGUGUAGGUGGUACAACUUUAAUGAACGGCUUGAUAUACGAUCGGGGAUCACCAGAAAUCUACAACAUUUACGCCAGACACGUUGGAGACGACAGUUGGUCCUACGACAAUAUCCUAAAGUACUUCAAAAAAUCCGAAAACUUCCAUUGGACUAACCCAAAAGCGCCUGUUGACCUUGAUUACCACGGUAAAGGCGGUUUAUUAGACGUUCAACAACAAGUACCAGAUAUAAGACUCAAUGAGCUGUUUCUACAAGCUAAUAGGGAACUAGGAAUUCCCAUAAAAGAUUAUAAUGGAAGAGAACAUCUGGGAGGUACCAUCGUUCAAAUUUAUACCAGAAACGGCCGUAGAUUAGAUGCGGGUACCGCAUUUGUAAAACCAUUCUUGAACAGGAGAAACUUAAAGGUACUAACAAGUAGCUACGUCACCAAAAUCGUCUUCAAUGAGAGAAAGGUAGCAGAAAGCGUUAUAUUUACUAACCGUGGUAAUAUUUACAGAGUAAAAGCUAGCAAAGAGGUAAUACUUUCCGCUGGAAGUGUAUCCAGUCCACAAAUAUUAAUGCUAUCAGGCAUAGGUCCCAGAAAACAUCUUAAGAAACUUGGAAUCAAAGUUUUAGAAGAUCUAGAAGUUGGAACAAAAUUUUUAGACCAACCUGGUACCAAAAAUUUCAUGUUUACUUCUACUUACCCCUCGAGUACACAGACUUUAAAACAACAAAUUCAAGAUUUUUUGAAUGGUACUGGAAUUUUAACAUCAGCUACCAUUUCUCAAGGGGAUAGCUUUUUGAGGAUGUUAUACAAAAACAGAGGUUUAUCAGAUUUGGAAGUAAUUUGUGACUUAGGUUCUCCUGGUGAAUUAGACGUGAAGACGGUCGGUUGGAAGAACGAAACCUAUCAAGAACUAUGGGGUAAAAACAAAUUGGCAGUCUCAUUCUCUUUGAGACACUUGUAUCCGAUAUCAGUUGGUACUAUUAGAUUAAAAAGUAGCGAUCCUUAUGACUAUCCCCUUAUAGAUCCUAAUUAUUUAUCCGAUGAAAAAAACGAAGACAUUGAAGUUCUCUACCAAGGUCUACAGUUAGUUUUUAGGUUAGCUGAAACUCCGGCUUUUAGGAAAAUCAACAUGACUUACGCUUCAGGACCUCUAUCGGCAUGUAAGGAGCACCCAUUCAAAUCUAAGAAAUACUGGUAUUGCUUUUUAAGACAAGUAUCAUUAACUGCUGCUCAUCCAGUGGCUACUUGCAGUAUGGGUAGAAGCAGACAUAGUGGAGCAGUAGUCGAUUCAGAAUUAAGGGUGUUCGGUGUUAAAGGAUUAAGGGUGGCCGAUGCUAGUGUGUUACCCAAGCUAAUUGAUGGACAUACCGCCGUACCAUGUAUUAUGAUCGGCGAAAAGAUUUCUGAUACCAUAAAGAAACGAUACACCAGACGUGGAUAGUGGACGUGUUGUUAAAAAUAGCAAAAUUCGAAUUUAAUUUAUUCCUGAGAAAACAUGGUAAUAAGUAGUAAUCACAAAUUUUACUUAGGUAACAAAGCACCGUUUAACAUGUUAUUAAUGACUUCUGGUUCCUUCUAGUUAAAAAUAGUAUUUUCUGAAAGAAUUUUAAUAAAAAUAAUUAUUAUUAA